UCGAGUUGUUUGUUAAAAGUGACGAAAGCGGAACAUGAUGAGAACAUUAGUGAGCUCGUGACGAAAGCAAAGUUUCGUCUUUCACAAGAGAGGAAAAAAGUCGCAGGAUCAUCCAGAAGAACCCAGAGAUCACAGCGACAAAACUCGAGAGUGCGCGCGAGAGAGGAGCUCGUAUUUUACACACAGAAUAUUCACGAAUAUUAUCAUCAUCAUCAUCAUCCUAUGGAUCUGCUGACCUGAUGCUCGAACCAAAGAUCCAAAGGACCUAAAUAUCAGUGAUGGCAUCUUACCAUAGCUUAGAUGAUGACGCAAUGGCUCUGAUGGUCCACGACACCAACACGGUGAAGAAAGAAGAAUUUGUCAAAGAUGACUCGGUCCAAGAGCAAAACACGGAGAAAGUGGAUCCGUCGCAGAAGCCGCCGUACUCUUAUGUGGCUUUGAUCGCUAUGGCCAUCCGAGAGAGUUCGGAGAAGAGACUGACUCUGUCCGGUAUUUACCAAUAUAUCAUCACCAAAUUCCCCUUCUAUGAGAAAAACAAAAAGGGCUGGCAAAACAGCAUUCGACACAACCUGAGUCUGAACGAAUGCUUCAUUAAAGUUCCCCGGGAGGGCGGCGGGGAGCGCAAGGGAAACUACUGGACCCUGGACCCGGCCUGCGAGGACAUGUUCGAGAAAGGCAACUACCGGCGGCGCAGGCGGAUGAAGCGGCCGUUCAGACCGUCAGUGGCUCACUUCCAACCGGGCAAAUCUCUCUUCGGUGGAGAUGGAUACGGCAGCUACCUCUCGGCUCCAAAAUACAUCCAGUCGGGCUUCAUGAACAACAGCUGGCCGCUUGCGCAGCCGCCGCCGAUGACCUACGCGUCCUGUCAGAUGGGAAACGGCAACAUGAGUCCCAUUAAAGGACUGUCCGCUCCGUCGUACAACCCGUACAGCCGAAUGCAAGCCAUGGGCCUGCCGAACAUGAUGAACUCGUAUAACGGCAUGGGUCACCAUCAGCACCAGGCGCAGCAGUUGAGCGCGUCACCGGCUGCGCCAUCACCGGUACCGUCCAACAGCGCGGCGGGUUUACAGUUUGCCUGCUCUCGACAGCCGAGCGAGCUGUACUCUUACUGGGACCACGAGGCCAAAAACUCCACAUUACAUUCUCGGAUUGACAUCUGAAGCUGAUUCCAACAGCAUUUCAGGGGAUGUUAAUGGCCUGACAUCGGAGUGCAUGUACUUUUCUUUCGCUUUUCCGAUGGGCAGAGUUUCUGUUUUACGCAUCCAAGGUAAACAGGGUAAACUUUUGUUGCUGACCGACAAACAUUACGAGGCUUAAAUCCAGUGUUGCAUACAGACAAGAGAUUUGAACUAUUAGUUGGUUAACUCUGUUGGACUGCAUCGAUUUUUUUUUUUAAAUCAUUAGUUUGUUCAGUUAUUGUUUUACUUCAUCAAGUCUUGAUAUGCCAUUUCAAGAUGAGUUCAUACACAUUGUCUCCAGUUACAGUAUUGAAAGUGUAUUUGUUCAAAAGAGGACGGUGAUAAAAACAGACAAUUUUCGAUGGGUAGUUCAGUAGAUUUGCAAGAUUGUUCGGGGACCAUUGUAAAUUUUACAUUUUGGAUUGUCAGACCAGCACUUAUUUUCUAUUUGCUUUUAAUAAACUGUUUUCUCUACAAAAUGUCUUCGUAGAUACCCGAUGCAUGAGCGUUCAUUUUGAUAUCUGUAGAUUUGGAGUCAAGUUGCA